AGCAGGGUUGCGGUUCGAGCCUGUGUUUACCGCGUCGGUUACAGGUCACGAUGACCGUCCCCUCUCCGGAGGAGCUGGACUCCUUCAAGUACAGUGACCUGCAAAAUUUAGCCAAGAGUCUGGGCCUCCGGGCUAACCUGAAGGCAGAGAAGUUGUUAAGAGCCUUGAAAGCCCACCUGAAAGAGGAGGCAGGAAGAGAAAAGGAGCAUCAGGCUGAAGGUCAAACCUCUGCUUCCUCCCGUGGCAAGCCCGAGAUAGAGAUUUGUGGCGAGGAACAAGCUGCUAGGGAGCCGGCUGGCCAAGUCACCAAAAGGAGGAGAAGGCGCAAGACAGCCCACGGGAACCCUGAUCCCCAGCAGGAUCUUUCAGAGAUAACAGUCAGUGAGAGCACUGAAUUCCAGAGUCAAGAAGAGCAGGAAGACCAGAUUCCUGGGACUACUGCAGAAGCUCCCCCUGCACCGCGUGAGCGCCAAGGAGAGGAGACUGCAGUUUCCUCAGGCGGAAGUGCAACGAAAGUUAAAGAAGACUCACAGGUACCUUCACAAAGAAAGUCUGUCUACACAGAUGGGUUUUCCAAGGCUGGAAAAAACAAAAGAACUGCAGUCACUACUCCAAAUUUUAAGAAGCUGCAUGAGGCUCAUUUUAAGGAAAUGGAAUCCAUUGAUCAAUAUGUUGAGAGAAAAAGGAAACAUUUUAAAGAACACAACCCAUUUAGUGAGCUCAAGAAGCAGCCGGUCGGUAAGGGAGGGGUGGCAACUCCAGUUCCUCUGCAAGGAAGACCCCCUGUGGCCUGCACCCCCGCCGGCCAGCGGCCCGCAGGUCGGAGCACCUUAUGUCUGAAGGGCUCAGCCAAGCGCUCCACUCUCUCAGCAACUAAAAUGAACGUCAGGUUUUCAGCAGCUACUAAAGAUAAUGAGCAUAAGCGUUCAUUGACCAAGACUCCUGCCAGAAAGUCUCCCCACGUGACCGUCUUUGGGAGUACCCCAAAGGGCCAGGCAGUGCUCGGGACGCCCAAGUUAAAGACCACGAAGGGGAAUUUUGCUGUUAUUAGCCCCUUCAAGUUGACGACUAUAGCAACACAGACUCCAGUCUCCAAUAAGAAACCUGUUUUUGAUCUCAAAGCAAGUUUGUCUCGACCCCUCAACUAUGAGCCACAUAAAGGAAAGCUGAAACCAUGGGGGCAAUCUAAAGAAAAUAAUUCUCUGAAUGAACACGGAAACAGAGUUAGCUUCCACAAGAAAAGUUACAAACAACCACGACUCCAGACUAGGGAAGAGCAACGGAAGAAACAUGAGCAAGAACGAAAAGAGAAGAAAGCGAAGGUUUUGGGAGCUCGAAGGGGCCUCAGUGUGGUUAAAGAUUAAUCAUUUUUGAACAUCCUAUAAAUAUUCCUUCAUUCUGAAUUUGUUUCCUUUUGUAAAUAAUUUUGUACUGUUUUCCAAGCUUUGGUCAAAACCUCUUUUUCUACUACAUCUUAAUCUCUGUACUGUCCAGGAGUUCUUCAUGUGCUGUACCCUGAAAAGACAUCACCACCUUAAAGCUCAGAUACUUUGCAAUGGUUUUGCAUAAACCAUUCUUCUACUACAGAUUCCUAGACUAGAUUUUUAAUGUCAAGUUCCCUCCGCUGGUUCUCAUUAACACAGCUACAGUCUGCUUUGGGCUUUCACCCAUAGGCAGCUAGUUGGAGCACACACUCCAGGAGAGUCUGAACGAAACCAAGAGGCGGCUAUGCUGGGAGGGAAAGGCCACCUCUUCAUCCUGUAGUCUAAAGAACCUGGUGCUAUGAAACCGGGCUGAUGGUUCGGUUAUAGCAUCAAUAUUUUAUCUACAUAAGAAGUGUAUUUAGCUUAUAUGCAUCUUUGUUCAAACCACUACAUAUAAUUGCCAUCUGUCACAGGUUUAUUCCAGCCUUGCUUA